AUGAAACGAGUGCGCUCCCAAUGUUUUGACGAAGAAGCUUCAGUAGGGUCGAAAUUUGCCAAACUGAAAAAUACAGUGGUUGGUGCCUUCAAAAGACAGUUAUCUGGUGUUUUAAGAAAACAUCGUUUAAACACGCAGAAGAAUGGCGAUAUUUAUAUUGAUGAAAAUGGUGCUUCUACUCCGAUGACAAGAAGCAGAAACUCGUCAUUUCAAAGAAGUACUAAUUCACCGAUCACGGCGAGACAAUUACAAGAAUACUAUAAUUCCUUAAGAUUACAAAAUGAGCAACUGUUUGAGAACCUGAACAGCAAUGACCAGGAUCACAAAACCAACGGCAACAGCGACUCAAAUAACAAUUUGAAGAGCACAGAGCUAAAUAGAGUCGGCUCAGAAAAAACAAAGGAAAACACGGCCCCGCUCAAUGAUAAGAAUGAAAUUGUACUAAUUGAUGAAACCGCUUCCAUCAUUUCAAAAGGCCAAACAAACAGUGAUAGCGAUGAUGCUUCUCAGUUUGGUAUUCCACCGAUUUAUUUGCACCCUGAUCCCUUAGAACGUGCUAAUCUUGUACAAUUAAAGAAGCUUAUGGAACUUGAAAAAUAUAGGAGAUACCGCCUUAACUACCUACGUGAACAUUCUCGUCAUUUGAAACACGGAGAUGUCAAGAAAGCUAGUAAAAUGAUGAAAAAAGGGAGUUCGAAAUUUGCAAAGAAAUUGGACCUCAAGUCCAUUCCGGAAACUAGAAGGAAUAAGAGUGGCACUUUUGGAAUUAGCUUGUUAGACACAGUCCCUGAUGACGAACCCGAAACUGUCAAGCCAAUUGAUACUAAUACAGUUUCUAAACUAAAGUUCAAUGAUACAAAAAAUGAAAGCGCAAAUUUUGAUGUACCCUCUAAGUUGAGAAGCUUCAAUCCAACUUCAGAAGCAACUACAGAAAUGCCUGAAGAUAAUACCACCAAACCCGUUGGUGGCGAGGAACCUACGAAGAAUGCUUUUAAGUCAAAUAAUGUUGGAGAUAAAUCUUUUGAAGAUCAACCAUCUGGUGCAUUUACCUUUAAACCCUUGGCAUCUCAGGAAAAAUCGGGGAUUAACCAAGAAGCAGAGUCACUCUCCUUUGCUAAACCUAGCACUGCUGUCACUAAUGAAAUGACCAAAUCUAAGCCACUCAGCUUUGGUGGAUUGGGUGGGGUACACUCGCCGGUCGCUGUGAUUGAGGCAGACACUGAACCUAAGGCAAAGUCAAGUCUAAUGGAAAAAGAUGCUGGUAUUGAUUCAACAAACCCAAAAGAAAUAAAACCUUUCCUAAGUGCCCAGGAGCAUCCUUUCGUCAAAGACUUGAAAAAUGGGAGUGCUUCCAUCGACAAUAAACCUUCUUUGUUUGGAUCCAAAGAUGAAAAUAAGCCAACCGCAUUUUCCUUUAAUCCUCCUCCAUCGAAUGCUUUGUCAUCGGACAUUGAGAGGAAAGAUGAAAAACCAUCAUUUUCGUUCAAUGCUAGUACCAAAAAGAGUGGUUUAGAGGAAAAACCUUCUCUGUUUACGCCUUCAUCCGCAAAUGACUCAACGAAGACGAAGGUAUCUUCUACUCCUGCAUUCACAUUUGGUUCAUCGUCAAAAGUACAGGACAUCAAGGAACCAUCUUCAACUUCUGGUUUUUCUUUUGGUCAAGCCGUUUCAGUUCCUAAACUAAACUUUGGUUUACAAGCCUCUGCGGAGAAAAAACAGCCACCUAAUUUAUCAGUGGCGCUCACAUCUGGUUCCAAGCUAAAUUUCGGAGCUAAACCACAACCAUUGACCACUGAAAAAGAGGAAAUUUCACGAGGUUCUUUACCUUUGACUAACUCCAGCGAGAAUGACAAGAAAGGCGAUUCCAAAACGACCUUUUCUUUUGGUACAACUUCUGCCAUAAACCCAGAAGUACCGGCGUCCAAACCACAAUUUAACUUUAGUCCAGGUACUUCUUCUGAUUCCACAGCUCCAAAGCUUGCAUUUGGCGCAGGUUCAACUAGUAUAAACACUCCAAAAGAUGCCGAGACAAAACCGGCAACUACAUUCAAUUUUGGCGUAGCAUCAACUAGUAUAAACACUCCAAAAGAUGCCGAGACAAAACCGGCAACUACAUUCAAUUUUGGCUCUGCUCAGAAACCUUCUCCCGAAUUAAAUGGUGACAAUCCUCAGUCAAAAGGUGAUAGGCCAGCAGCGUCUAGUAUCCCUUUCAAACCUAAGUUAACUAGUGGAACAUUAUUUGAUGCUAACCCAGAAAGCAAACCCAACUCUACUUUCAGUUUUGGUGAAAACAAGAACAGCUCGGAGUUCAGUGUUUCCGACGGUAAAAGAAAACAGUUAGCGCCAGCUGAUCCUAAAUCUAGCUUUAAUUUCACUUCUUCUACAUUCAGUACAAACACGACACAGCCAAACUCAGCCGUUGCAGUAGGUGACAAACCAUCUGCAUCGGCAGCUUCUGGGUUUUCGUUCAGUAGUAAUGCAAAUACUUCUAAUGCUCCUAUCACUUUCGGGGGACCCAACGCAUCAAAAACGUUUGAUACUAAAACACCAGGGGGUUUUGGUAGCUGGGGUUUAAACAAGAAUACCUCUACACCAAACGGAAAUCCUGGGUUUUCUUUUGGAACCCCGGGAUCUAACAACAACCAGUCCAAUAAUCUUGCGCAAAAUAGCACCAAUUCUAAUCAAACGCCAGGUAAACUUUUUUCAUUUAAUAGCAGCAAAUUUCCAUCGAUCAACGAGCUUUCAAAACCAACUGGUUUUGCAACAUCGCAGCCUGCACAAUCUGCAUCGCUUCAAAAUAACAGCAACGGAUUCAAUUUUGCUGGCAACACAAACACAACCAAUAAUAUGCUAGGAGCAGGUGUUGGUGGAAAUGGGUUUGGAAUGAAUAUAAACAAUGGUUUAAAUUCUUCUAGCACUGCCUUUGGAACAGUUAUGAACCCAAAUAAUAGUGUUACAGGUGGAUUUGGAAUGAACAAUAGUAACAGCAAUAAUAAUGGAGGAUUUGGCGGCGUUUCUAAUAACAGUCAAAAUGGAUUCAACUUUGGAGGAAAUAGCGGUCCUGGUUCAGCUGCAACUAGCAGGUCUACAACGCCGAAUAUUAACUUUGCUGGUCCAACCAGCAACAUGAACCCAGCGGCCAUUUUCAACAAUACAAAUCUUACGCCGGAUCAACAACAGCAGAUCAGCAACAGAAGAAAAAUUUAUCCUCGUUCUAGGAGACGAUAG